AUGAGCAGUAGACAUUGAGUGACGCGGUUGAUCAUAGGACCCGCCUGGCGUCAGACGAGGGCGGGGCGGGGCGCGCGAUCUUGGAUCUCCUUUUAGCAACAAGGAAGAAUAAGAAGAAAGCGAGGAUUGUUGGGGCUCGCGCGGUCGCUUCCAGGCGUAACAGGUAGGCUGGGCCGGGGCUCGUUUCCCCGUCUGCCCGGGAAAGAGCGAAGGGCGGCGGUGUGUGGAUCUUGCAAUGGGCCGGGGACGGAGGGCGGGCAGCUGGUCCGGCGGCUACAGCUUGUCUGGGCGAGCAGGGGUCAAAUCCAACGAGGUCAGGCCACCGUGUUUUGUAAUCCCCAGGACUGUAACAAGUGCACGCAGUCUAGGUCGCUGUCCUCGCCUUUUAUCCUCCUCGGAGAAGCGCUCCGCUUGCUUCUUGAGGUGCUUCUACUUCCUGCUUUCUUCUUGCUUUUUCCAUCUUAGCGUCGGAGGAGAAGGGGGCUCAGUCAGGGCGGAGGUCGUCUGAGUGACAGUCAGCGAAGCCCUUUUUGGGGUGGAGUGGCGGGCUCUUAAGAUAACGCAUAGCUGUCAACUUUUCCCUUUUCUUGCGAGGAAUCCUAUUCGAAAUAAGGGAAUUUCCCUUUAAAAAAAGGGAAACGUUGACGGCUAUGAGAUAACGCCUUUCAAAGUCGCCCUCCUAUUACAGUUGUGCUUUCAAGCUGCAGUGUGGAUUAAUUCUGGAAUUUACAGCAGAAUGUAAUUCAGGAUCCUCGUCAAAUAGACCCCUGUGUGCGAGGAGCACAAAAUAAGCCGAUAAGGUACUUUGUAGUAUAAUAGCACCCCCCCACCUCAUCAAAAAACAACAACCCGGGAACCAUAGUUUAUGGGUGCUGAGAAUUGUAGUUCAGUGAGGGGCGUAAACAAAGCUUUCCAGGAUUCUUUGGUGGGCAACACAUUCACUAAACAUACUGGAGGUGGGGUGGGGACAUUGACAGCUUUCAGGACAUGGGAGGCCUGCUAGAAAACAAAAGCAUCAUCUCUACAGAUGGUUUCAUCGUCAAACUGCUGCUUUUAAUUAAAUGGUGAUGAUGUCAUUUUUGCUCUAAAAACCACACUUUGGGAUGUCGAGCUCUCUUUUCUAACUUGGGUUGUACCACAGUUAAUUGGGUGGCGUGUGAAAGUGCUGCUGAAAUAUGGACAGAAUAUGGCAGGGUGGGAACUGCUUUGGUAGCUUUGUCUCCAGAUUAGAGUAACAGUGAAGAUGUGAUUUAUUUAUUUGGUGUGGCGUCAUUUCCUCAUGACAGCACGCCCACCUGACCAUUUGGCUGGGGGAAGGGGGAGUGCCCUGCCACGGGAAUGCUGCUUGCAUCACUCUGUUGUCAGCGGGAAGCCGGCUUAGCUGGCAGGGCCCUCUGCUCGGCACGGAGGCAGUUUGGACUGCUCUGCCCCUCCCAGAUAAGUGUGUAUAGGAUUGCAGCCUUGGUCCCUGGCAUCUCCUGGUGAAAGCAACCUCUAGCAGCAGGACCCAAUCCAACAAUCCUGCUGGAGACUCUCAGUAAGAAGGGCCGUAAUUCAGUGGUGGAGCCCACACCUUAUAUGAGAAAAAUCUCUGGCAUCUCCGUGCAGAGGUGGGAAAGACUUUUGGCUGAAACCCCGGAGAACUGCUGCCAGACCCUGUAGACAUUACUGAGCUAGAUGGAUCCAUGGCCUGGCUCUGCCUAGUGGAAAUUCAUACACUCCUAUGGACAAGCUCAAGCCCUCACAAAACAAUGUCAUAAUCACAGUAAACCUAGUACAGUGGGCAAAAAAACCAGUACUAUAUUUUCAGCUGUUUUCAUUAUUUGUGAGAAAAUGUGGUAUGCAGUACAUAACAAGAGAGAGAGCUUUUCAUGUACAUAGUAAACACAGAAGCUGAACUUCGAUUCCUAGAACAGUUUUAAAAAAUGUGUUAAUGUGGAUACAAGUCCCAUAGGAUUUACUUCCUGGGGAGAUUCUUCUGAACUUCAUGGGAAGAUUCUUCUGAACUUCAUGGGAAGAUUUAAUAAUUUUUUCUUAAUCCUUUAUCUGUAAAUAUAGGUGCAUUUGGUCUCUCACUGCAAGUCCCUUUCUUUCUGUAAUUGAAUCGCUUUUUGGUAUCUUAUCAGCUAUAUUGUUCCACAGAGUAGCUUCCCCUCCAAUUGAACCUGCAACCCCAGGCAUGCUUCAUUAGUAUUGUUGAACUCAGUGGGAUUUCUUUUGGAGUAAACCUGGAUAGGAUCAACCUGCAGCUCCAAUUAAACAAGACAGCACUGUUAUAAGAGGGGUAGCUAACAUGGUGCCCUCCGGAUGUUUUGACUACAACUCCCAUCAACUCUGAUCAUUGGCCAUACUGAUAGCAGUCCACCACAUAUGGAAAGCACCAGGUUCGCUACCCCUGUAUAGUAUGUCUGUAGACUGCCACCUCCCAUAUACUUUAAACACAAGAGACACAGACAUACCCUACCCUCUGCCUUGUAAGGAAGCCUGUCUCUCAUUUGGAGAAAAAGAGAGACAGAGAACGUCUUUCUGUAUCAUCACACUGGUGUUACACUGAUGCCCUUCUUUUCUCCCUAGCGUUUGGAGAUGGCGCUGGUUAAAAGUGGAUGGCUGCUCCGGCAAAGUGAGUAAUGGAUUCUGUCAGCUCUCUCUCUCUCUCUCCUCCCUCCCUGAUUUGUUUCGGUGCCAAGCAACACAUUAUGUAGAAAAUCCAUGACUGGAUCUUAUCAAAUUUUCUGUGAUGUGCAGCCACUGAGGCUGACAAUUUGACCUGAGCAUGAGCAGUGGGAGAGAGUUUUUCCUCCUGUGCUGAUAUCCCAAUCAAGAUUCUCCCUUCCCCAGGAAACUGACUGUGCAUCCUCCCCCUCCUCAAAACACAAAUGGGGGAGAAUGACAUUCAGAAUCAGGAACCCUCUCCCUACUCCGCUUCUGCUUGGAUUAAAUUAGCUGUGUUGAAUUAAAACAAGACACCAGAAAUCCAAUUCUAGGUCUCCUUCAUUCUGUGUAGUUUGGAAUUAAAGUAUGACUCUGUUUGCAUGCAACGCUAAGGCAAGCAAUGACUCAGGACAAGCAAGCAUGUUGAUGCUUGGAGCAAAAAUGACAACCUUGACUAAAGUUCAUGGUUUGUAUUCAGCAAUACAAACCAUGAGCCCAGGUUUGGAUGCAAUGUUAAGCAAAAUCAUGGCUUAGCUCUGGAUAGCAAAACAGAAGUAGCACCUGGGGAGGAGUGAAGCUUCUUCAGUUUUUGCUCUGAGUAACUACAGUCUUGUUCAUUCAUGCUGAUCAUGGCUUGGCUCAGCAUGUCUGUUUCAGAAAAACAUGGCAAAAACGCAAAUCAUAUUUGGACUUUAUGUAUAUAUGUGUGUGAAUUUCAUGCUAUGGUGACAUAAAACAAAUAAUGUUUUAUGCAAAAUUCCUUAAAAGCAAUAUUUUUGGCCACCAAAUGAAUAAAAAGAUAUCUGCUUGGUUCUUUGGUUGCCUGAUGUAUGGCUAAAGGUUUGUCAGAAUAUAUUAAAUAGAUGCUAUGAAGUAGAAAUAGGAGCUUUUUUCUUGACAUUAAUUGCAUUUGCUACUUCUGUUAUAGAUUCAGAGAACUCUGGUUUAAGAGCAUUUCAAGCAUGAUCACUGAAAGCAAAACAAAUAUCUAGCAACCUAAUCAAUGUGGAAUUUGAUACUGUUUAGUUAGACCUCUCAAAAAACAAUUGAUCCCUGUUCCUUUUAGGUACUAUAUUAA